UGGUACAGUGGAUGCUCUCGCAGAUGCCGACGAAGUGGCUGUUUGCAGCUCGCAACACUGAGAGACUGGGGAGUUGAAGAACGAUAACCCGAGGGAGGAAGGAGAGAGACCGAUUUGCUUCACAUUAAACUGAACUCCUCACACCUACAAAGGAGUAAAAGUGAAAGGAUUGAAAAGCACAACUUCCAGGGAAUAUCUAACGGAUACUGAAAUCCAGUCACUCUGAAAUGGAUAUAAUUUAACGGGAGUUUUUGGUCUACGAAUUCUGUUUGCAGACAAGCCACGGAAUCGUCUGGGAUAUUGUGCAGUUUGGGAUUUUCAACGGACGCAUACCUUGGCAAAAGCAGGAACAGAUGAAUGUUUAGGACAAAGCAGCCAGAAUGAAGACGUCGCGUAAGGGUUCAAGAGAGACAUUGAGAAUGGACACCACCACCAGCACUCUGGCCACUCCUCUUUAUCCAGAAUCCACAUGGAGCAGAAACAGGAACAGGAGCAGGAACAGGACUGUUCUUCUUCCUCUCUUCCUGCUGCUAGCGUUUCACUGCUCGGCGGCGACGGCCGCGCUGGAGCUCCAAUUGGACGAGGAGCAGCCGGCCGGCACCAUUGUGGGCGACAUCAGCGCCGGGCUACCGGCGGGCACCACCGCAUCCCUCUACUUCAUCUCUGACCACGAGGGCACCGGCGUGGGCAGUGACCUGGACAUCGACGAGAACACGGGCAUCAUCAAGACGGCCAAGGUGCUGGAUCGGGAAGCCAGGGACCGGUACAAUUUCAUUGCCGUGACCAUGACAGGAAUCACCGUGGAGGUCACGAUCGUGGUGAACGACAUCAACGAUCACGCUCCGACGUUCCCCAGGAGCAGAGCCGCAUUUAAAAUCCCAGAACAGACGGCCAUAGGAACCAGGUUUCCCUUAGACCCUGCGGUAGAUGGAGACAAGGACCAGCUGACCACGCAGGGGUAUCUGAUCAAGGACGGGAACGACGGACAGGCUUUCCUGCUGGAGACCAAAAGGGGCAACAACAAAGUCCUCUACCUGGACUUGGUGGUCAAUACGAUCUUGGACAGAGAGAUGCGGUCUUCGUACACACUCGUCUUGGAGGCGUUCGACGGCGGCUCGCCAAAGAGGACUGGUCAGAUGAUUCUGGACGUGACCGUGCAAGACAUCAACGAUAACGCUCCCGUGUUCAACCAGAGCCGAUACCACGCCACCAUCUCGGAGAACCUGCAACCGGGCAACAACAUCGUUCAGGUGUUUGCAUCCGACGCCGACGAGGGCGACAACGGACUCAUACUGUACGAGAUCAACCGGCGCCAGAGCGACCCGGACCACUACUUUGUCAUCGACCCGCGCACAGGCGUCAUCACCUUGAACAAGCCCUUGGACUUCGAGAUGCGCAGGGUCCAUGAGCUGGUGGUGCAGGCCCGGGACAACGCCACCCAGCCCGAGGUCACCAACGCCUUCGUCACCGUCACCGUGCGCGACUACAACGACAACCAGCCCACCAUGACCAUCAUCUUCCUCAGCGAGGACGGCUCUCCCCGCAUCUCCGAGGGCGCCCAGCCCGGCCAGUACGUGGCCCGCAUCUCCGUCACUGACCCGGACUAUGGUGAGUACGCCAACGUCAACGUCUCCCUGGACGGCGGCGACGGCAAGUUCGCCCUGACGACCAAAGACAGCAUCAUCUACCUCAUCUGCGUGGACCAGAUCCUGGACCGGGAGGAGAGGGACUCGUACGAGCUCCACGUGGUGGCCACCGACUCCGGGUCGCCGCCGCUGCGCGCCGAGUCCUCCUUCACCAUCCAGGUGACGGACGUCAACGACAACGCUCCGGCCUUCGACCAGCAGGUGUACACGCAGGCCAUCCCCGAGGUGGUGUUCCCGGGCAGCUUCGUGCUGCAGGUCACGGCCAGGGAUAAAGACCACGGCUCCAACGGCGAGAUCCACUACAGCAUACUGCACGACCGCGGCCGAGGCACGGCGCCGCAUGACACCGAGUGGUUCGGCAUAGACGCCGUCACUGGGAUCAUCACCACCCUGGCGCAGCUGGAUUACGAGGCGGACCCCCAGCCCUCGGUGACUGUGGUGGCCACAGACGGUGGCAAGCCCCCCUUGUCCUCCACGGCCGUGGUGAACAUCCUGCUGCAGGAUAUAAACGACAACGAGCCGGUGUUCGAGAGGAACUUCUACAACGUGUCGAUUAAGGAGAACACCUCCGCCGGGACCUGCUUCCUCGAGGUUACUGCUACCGACGCCGACGGCGGUUCCUUUGGGUCCAUCUCCUACUCACUGGGUUCCGGGAUGGGGAGCACGGCGCCCUCGCACUUCACCAUCGCCAAGGAGACGGGCCAGAUCUGUACGGCCGUGGCUCUGGACCGGGACCAGGGACCCUCCAGCUUCGACUUCACCGUCACCGCCGUGGACGGGGGUGGUCUGAACUCUGUGGCCUAUGUGCGUGUGGACCUGCUGGACGUCAAUGACAACCGGCCGACGUUCUACCCGCUGCAGUACGCGGUGAGCCUGAGCACACAGAGCGCCCCUGGAACCUCCGUCGUCAAGGUGACGGCCCACGACUCAGAUGCCGGGGUCAAUGGACGCGUGACGUACCGGGUGGUACCAGGAGGGGGCUCCCCGUUCUUCACCCUCAACAAAGACACAGGUGUCAUCUCGCUCUCCCGCUCGCUGCACGGCAAGGCCAACACUGUGAUCCCGAUGGUGAUUUCUGCUCAGGACGGUAGCGGUCUGACGGCGCUGGCCAACGCGCGCGUCAACAUCAGUGUGGUGGCGGGCUUAGUGGCGCCCCCUGUGUUCGAACAGCAGAAUUACCACUUUACCGUCACGGAGGACGCGCUGAGAGGCACCGACGUGGGGGUGGUGCGAGCCACCAGCAGGAGUGGGGUACCUAAAGACAUCACCUACACCAUAAGCUCCGGAGACCCCACCGGCUACUUCACCGUGGACCCUGAGACGGGGGCCCUGCGCACGGCCAGGCCCCUGGACCACGAGGCCCAGCCCGUCCUGGAGCUGGAGGUCCAGGCCCGCAGCGGCACCCCGCCGGCCUUUGGUCAGACCCGGGUGCGAGUCACGGUGGCCGACGUCAACGACAACGAGCCCGUCUUCCUGCCCUCCUCCUCGGAGUCCCUCCUAUUGGCCGAGGGCACGGAGCUCGGGGCGGUGGUGUACCGCGUACAGGCAGAGGACCGUGAUUCGGGCGCCAACGGGGCCCUGACCUUUGACCUCUACGCGGCAACGGAACCAGGACAGCAAAUGCCAUCACAACCCCAACGCACGUUCAGCAUCGACCGAGGCACGGGCGAGAUCCGGCUGACAGGGCGUCUGUCCUACGAGACGGCGUCGCGGUACGACCUGCGGGUGACAGCGAAGGACGGGGGUGCGCCGCAGCAGAGCGCCACCAUGACGCUGGUGGUGCACGUGCAGGCCGAGAACAACCAGGGACCCGUCUUCGACACGCUCACCUACCGCGUAGAGCUCCGGGAGGGAACGCCGCUCAACACACGAUUCCUUCAGGUGCGUGCCCUCAGUCGCGACUCCGGUACCAGCAGUGCCAGCUCCACCUCCGGGUCCUCCUCAGGCUCCUCCUCCUCUCCACCACUGGCCUACCACCUGCACCCGGAUGGGGACGCGGCGGGAUUCGGCAUCGCACCCGACAGUGGCUGGCUCUUCGUCAAGAGCUCACUGGACCGCGAGGCCAAGGAGAUGUACCUGCUGACGGUCCUGGCCACCUCGGGCCACGGGCACCUGAAGAAGACUGGCAGUGCCACGGUGCGCGUCUCCGUGACGGAUGAGAAUGACAACGCGCCGCGUCUGUCGCAGGAGCGUGCCUUCCUGGCUGUGCGGGAGAACCUGCCCGUGGGCAGUGGCUUUGGCCGGAUCGGCGCCUCCGACCGCGACGCCGGCCUCAACAGCAGGCUCAGCUACCGGCUACUGCACUCGGACCGCAACUUCUACAUCAACUCCCAGACAGGUGAGAUCAGUACCCGCGUGGCGCUGGACCGUGAGCACCAGUCGAGCUACCAGCUGGUGGUGGUGGUGCAUGAUGGGGGCACACCGUCCCGCAGCGCCACGGGCACCGCCUUCAUCACCGUCCUGGACGAGAACGACAACGCACCCGCCUUCUCACACAGCCAGGGCAGGGACAUCCUCAUACAGGUGAUGGAAGGGCAGUCGUCUGGAGCCCUGAUCGGAACAGUGCAGGCAAAGGACCCUGACGAGGGCGAGAAUGGAACGGUUGUCUACUCGUUGUCAGGUCCAAGAGCGGAGCGCUUCUCCCUGAACCCGAUGACUGGAGAGCUGCGGUCUUCCUCCCCCCUCAGCCACUCCGACCGGGCCGAGUACAGCUUCACCAUCACGGCCACGGACAGGGGCCAGCCCUCACAGAGCUCCAGCUGUGGACUACGCAUCCAGGUUCUGAGUUCCAGCAAGGGCAGGGCCAAGGCCAACUCGCGCUCCGUAUCCCUCACCUCCAUGGAAGGGGCCAAACCGGGCUCCGUCAUUGGCUCGGUCAGGUCACAUGACUCCCAGGAACUUCCCGAGUCGGGCCAAGUGACCUACACGGUGGUCGGCGGGACCGACCGUGACGGCACAUUUGUGGUGGAUCGCCUCACGGGAGACGUUUACCUCGCACGCGAGCUGGACUACGAGAGAGACUCACGCUACACGAUACACAUCGAGGUCGUGGAUUUCACAUCAGCCCUCCCGAGCAGUCACGUGGUGUUGCUCGACAUCGACGUACAGGACAGCAACGAUCACGCGCCUCACUUCCCCGAAGACCCCAUCACCAUUGUCAUCUCUGAGAGCACAGAGCCGGGAAUGCCUGUCUACACCUUCCAGGCCUCGGAUGGAGAUGGAAGCGGCCCCAACAGUGAGCUCCACUACACCAUCCACCAGCAGUGGCCAGCAGAGCCAGGCCAUCUGAACCUCGACCCCGACACCGGUGUGCUCUCGCUGGGCCAACCUCUGGACCAUGAGACCAUCUCCUCCCUCGUGCUGGUGGUGCAGGCCACAGACUCGCCCUUGAACACCAGCCAGCGCCGCUGGGGCUCUGUGACGGCGAGAGUGUUCAUCACGGAUGACAACGACAAUGCGCCGGACUUCGUGUCUCCGUCCAUGGUCAGUGUGAUGGAGGACCAGCCGGUGGGAUUCGUGGUGCUGUACGUUAUGGCGCGGGACGCCGACCAGGGCGAGAAUGGCCGUGUGUCCUACCGUAUCCAGGCCGGAGACUCGGCAGGGAAGUUCAGCCUCAACCCCAGCACUGGCUCCCUGUCCAUCCUCAAGCCCCUGGACAGAGAAGAGCAGGACCUGUACAACCUGACCGUCAUCGCAGAGGACCAUGGGAUGCCUCAGCACUCCUCCACGCAGGUGCUGUCGGUGCAGGUGAUCGAUGUGAAUGACGAGGUGCCCUGGUUUGAGGAUAGUCAGUACGAGGCUGUCGUCAUGGAGAACCAGCCAGCAGGCCUCUCCAUCCUGGUGGUCUCCGCCUCCGAUCUGGACAUAGGCACCAACGGCCUGGUGACUUACGGCGUCUCCGGUGAGGACGGCUUCAUUAUCCACCCCGAGACCGGUGUCAUCUCCACCACAAAGGCCCUGGACAGAGAGACCCAAGAGUACUACUCACUGACAGUGUAUGCCAAGGAUGGCGGGCUUCCGCCCAAUUAUGCCAAAGCCUCGGUGAAGAUCACAGUGCUGGAUGAGAAUGACAACAGCCCGGUGUUUGGCAGGGUGUAUUACAGCCUGGAGGUGCCCGAGAACCAGGAGCCUGUGGCUCUCUUCACCCUCAGGGCUACCGACCAGGACUCUGGAGACAGCGGAGAGAUCACAUAUAAAAUCACAGAGGGCGACCAGAUGGGUGACUUCCGUCUCGACCGGGCCUUGGGCGUGCUGUCCACCUCCAGGCCCCUCGACCGGGAGAAGAAGGCCAAGUACGUGCUGACGGUCACGGCCGUGGACCAGGGAACCCCUGCUCACAGCACCAGCACCAUCGUAGAGGUGUCCGUGCUGGAUAUCAAUGACAACAGCCCGCUGUUCCAGAGCUCCACCUACACCAUUGACGUGUCGGAGGACAUCCCCGAGAGCUCUGCAGUGCUGGAGGUGACCGCCACGGAUGAGGACGAGGGCCCUAACGGACAGGUGCUGUACUACCUGAGCCAGGAGGCGCAGGGCAUGUUCCUGGUGGAUGAGCACUCGGGCCGCAUCUUCACGGCCGGGCCGCUGGACCGGGAGAAGAGGGCCCUCUUCACCUUCCAGGUGUUGGCCGUGGACUCCGCACCAGCCGCACCCCGCAACUCCACCGCCCAGGUGACGGUGAACAUCCUGGACAUCAAUGACAACGCGCCGUUCUUCGUCCAAGACCCGCUGAUCAUCAACGUGUCCAGCGCGGCAGGGCAGGGCCAUCGCACGCUGGCCACCAUGCGGGCCGAGGACAAAGACUUUGGCGCCAACGGCUCAGUGUUUUAUCGUUUCGCCAGCCCUGUGCGAGGGUUCGCCAUUAACUCUCUGACGGGCGCCAUCCAGGCGACGGAGGACUUGCAGGGGCUGACGCAGAGCCAGCGGACCCUGAUCGUGGAGGCCAUGGACCAGGGUAGCCCCGCGCAGUCCUCCUUCGGAGUAGUGGUGGUGUACGUGCGGGAACAGCCGUACCGCGGCAUACGCUUCUCCCGCUACGCCCGCGACGUCAGCCUGGUGGAGAAUGCGGCCCAAGGUACCGUGGUUGUGCAGACCCAAGCCCAGUAUCCCGAUGGAUCUCGCAACGGAAUCAGCUACAGCAUCUUCAGUGGCAACAGGUUCCAGUCCUUUGGCAUCAGUGCCUCCAAUGGAGAAAUCUGGGUCCAGAACUCUGUGGCGCUGGACUAUGAGGAGACGCCGCGGAUCCGUCUGGUGGUGAAAGCGGAGACGGCGUCCUCCAGCUCCUUCAUGGCCGUCAACCUGAUCCUGCAGGAUGUCAACGACAACUUGCCGCGCUUCCAGCUGCAGAACUACGUGGCUUACGUCAGGGAGGCACAAGGCUACGAUCACCCCAUCAUUCAGGUAAUGGCCGAUGACCUGGAUCAGGGUCAGAACGGACAAGUGACCUAUUCCAUAAGGUCGUCGUCAAGGAGCGGCCUCUUCAAGAUUGACCCCGUGACCGGCAGCAUCACCACAGCUGCCAUCAUGGAUCGGGAGAUCUGGACGCAGACAAAGCUGGUGGUCACAGCUACAGACCGCGGGAGUCCGCGAUUGGCUGGCUCGGCCACCCUGACAGUGAUCAUUGUGGACCUGAACGACAACAGUCCCACCAUCCCCGUGCCCCGCGAGGUGCGGGUGCCAGAGAACACCAUGAUUGGCACGGUGAUCACCCAGGUGACAGGAAAUGAUGUCGAUUCUGGCCCCGCCCUUUCCUAUUCCCUGCACUUGGAUGAGCAUGCGGAGGGGAAGUUUGGCAUCCAUCGGUUCGGGGGCGGGGUGUCCCUGACCGCACCCUUGGACUUUGAGGAGAGGACCUGGUACACCGUGACCAUUCGCUCCUCCGACUCGCGCCAUUACAGCGAAGCCAACCUGACCGUGCUGGUGGAGGACGUGAAUGACAACGCCCCAACCUUCACACAAGACCUCUACCAGGUGACAUUACCAGAGCACUCGCCAGCUGGCAGCGCUGUCAUCACUGUCACCGCCACAGACAAAGACAGCGGCGAGAAUGGCAAGAUCUUGUACAGAGUGAUGUCUGCGACGCAAGACAUUUUCUACAUUGAUCCCAACAAUGGCACCCUGUUCAUCAACCAGCAGGCAGAGUUCCACACGGAGCGUCCGUCCAUCCUGGUGGUUAUCGAGGCCCGCGAUGGAGGCAGUCCAGCCCUCAGUGCCUUCACCACCGUCCAGGUCCACAUGUCCGACGUCAACGACAACGCCCCCGUCUUCCAGCAGUCCGAGUACCUCACCACGGUCUCCGAGGACGAGCUCCCCGGGUCAACCAUCCUCACCCUGGAGGCCGUCGACGGUGACACGUCCCGGGAGAACUGCGGCUUCGACUUCGCCAUUGCCAGCGGCAAUGCUGGAAACGCCUUCCAGAUCGAGAGCAGCGUUCGCUUCCUGGAGGGGCGUGGCUUCCAGACGGUGGGCUCGCUGAUCCUGGCCGACCAGCUGGACUUCGAGGCCCUGCCCAGCUACAACCUCACCAUCGUGGCCUCCGACCGCGGAAUCCCCCAGCGCAGCUCCGUCGUCCCUGUCCUGGUCACAGUCACCGACGCCAAUGACAACCCUCCGGCCUUUAGCCGUGCGGAGUACAGCGUGGUGCUGAGCGAGAAUGCGGCAGCGGGCACUGAAGUCCUACGGUUGUCAGCAAUAGACCCUGACUCCAACCCCAUUGGCAAUGAUCUUCAGUACGCCAUCAGCUCAGGUGACGACACUGCGCUGUUCUCGCUGGACAGGCGGACGGGGGCGUUGCGCCUCAAACGGUCCCUGGACAGUGAGCGGCAGCCGGCACAUGUGCUAAUCGUGCAGGCGUCAGACGGUCAGGGCCACUUCGCCCUGGCUCCCGUCACAGUGGAGGUGAAGGACAUCAACAAUAACAAGCCCUAUUUCCCACUGAAGAUGCUGACGUCCAGCAUACGCGAGAACCAGCCCCAGAACUCUCUGGUCACCAUGCUUCACGCAAUCGACCACGACACAGGAACGUUCGGCCAGCUGAAGUACUUCAUGCUGGACAAAACGGGCGAUGGCAAGGACGCCUUCUUGGUCAACCAGACGUCGGGGGAGAUUCGGGCGCGCCUCACUUUCGAUUUCGAAAAGGUCAACUCCUUCAGCUUUGUGGCUGUUGCGGUGGACGCCGGCAACUACUCCGCCACUGUCACGGUCCAGGUGUACGUGACUGGAGAGGACGAGUACGACCCGGUUUUCACGACCUCUGACCUCAUGCUCCACGUGCCCGAGGGAGCCAAGAAAGGUCAGAGCAUUGGUCAAGUACUAGCCAACGACGAGGACAGCGGUGUGGACGGUAUCGUGCUGUACUCUCUCUCUGAGAACUCCCCCUAUUUCGAGGUCAAUACGUCCACAGGAGUGAUAUCCUUGAAAAUGGACAGUUACAGCAGACACAUUAGCCGCUCCAAGAGGGAGACCCGUCAGAUGGCCAUAGACGUGAUUGCACACAGUCCCCUGGAAACGUCUCGUGUGACAACAGCGAGGCUCACCAUCGACGUCACGCACACAACGUUCGGCCUGGCCACAGAGGUGAACAUGCUUCUCGUCAGCGUCAUCGCCGUGUCUCUGGCCAUGGUCAUCAUCCUGAUCGUCAUAGCCGUGGCGCUCUGCCUGUUUCGCUCCAAACGGCAGAAGGACCGCGAGGACCGCGAGAGAAUGUCCACAGCGGGCACCAUGCUGGAAAAGCUCGAUGAGGCCAAAGUCAUCGGGAACGAGAGGAUCUAUCACCAGACCUUGCCUGGCUACGCCCCAAGUCCCGCUGGGACGGGAGGGGUGGGAGGGCCCUACACCCGAGGCGGCUCCCUCGACCCCUCUCACUCUAGCGGGCGCGGCUCUGCAGAGGCGGAGGCUGCAGAGGAUGACGAGAUUCGCAUGAUCAACGAGUACCCGCGGGUCUCCAGCAUCUCCUCCUCCAUGCAGGAGCGCAUAUCCGCCCGCGGGCCUGACUCCGGCAUCCAGCAAGACGCGGAUCAGCUGUCGGACAUCUCCUGCGAGCCUGCAGGGAUGGGGUUGGACGCCAACCAGUGGUUCAAGGCCAAGAAGAUGGGCACCAGCAUGAGUAUGCAAAGCACCCUGUUGGCCGGUCAGCUCCCCAUGUACCGGGACGAGGGGGGCUGUGGAUACCUGGGCGUCGGGAGGGGCCUCAACAUCUCGCACCCCAAAGACUACGCCUUCCCCGAGGACGGCAAGCCGGCGGUGGACGGCUCGCUCACAGCCAUCGUGGCCAGUGACGAGGAGCUGAGGGGAAGCUACAACUGGGACUACCUGCUCAACUGGUGCCCGCAGUUCCAGCCGCUAGCAAACGUCUUCACCGAGAUCGCUCGGCUCAAAGACGAGACCGCCCCGCCGCAGAACCCCCGGAGGCCGUUCCCGCAGAAGGCCAAGCCGGUGGACCCCAAGCCCCGCAUCGACCCGCCUCCGCUUAUCACCAACGUGGCCCACCCGGGGGCUAAAACUGUACCCGUGAAACCCGCUGUGGGUCGGACUUUCCCGCAGCUGGCCUCGUUUCGGCGGUCCCCCCUCAGCAAUGACGGGUCGUCCAUCUCGUCGGUGGCCAUGUCCCCCAGCUUCUCCCCGUCCCUGUCCCCGUUGGCCGCCUGCUCGCCGGCCGUGUCGCCUUUCGGGGUGACGCAGGGUCCGCCCGCCUCGCUCAUCAGCACCACGGAACACUCGUUAGAGCACAGCGAGGAGGCCGAGCUGAGGAUUUAAAGUAAAGACAGACUUGUGUCUUGUUAUUGGACCUUCCUCACUUUUUCCCCCUUAUGGACAUACGGAGCUACACAGCUGCGGGAACAGUAGCACCUUGUAGGCUUGGUAUAGUGGGGAGGGGGAAACGGAUUGACUUACCAGGGACAAUACCAGGAGGACUUAUCUGGAAUCUUAUUAUUUGUAAUUGCAGGACUGGGGGGACCCGUGUGAUCUGUGUGUGUAUAUAGGGCCCACAAUUUGGGUGCUGCUAUGACCCUGCCUGGCCUUGCAGGAGCAGGAGCGGUAGCAGUUAGCACCCCACCGAAACCGACCAAGCCCAACUUUGAGCUGCAACUCAAUGAGUGAGUGCCCUAAUAUAGUAUGUGGACACCCGUAUCUGGUGCAAUCAGACUGGUCAGACAUUGUUGCCUCACUGGCUGGCCAGGGAGCGGAAGGGCAUGUUCUCCAAUGUUGGAUAUAUUAUUAUUAUUAUUAUUAUUAUUAUUCGGAAAAGAAGAAGUCUAUAGACUACAUUGCUUAUGGACUUUCAAUAGACAUAACUUUUGUUUGCACAUUUAAAAAAAAUGGAGGAGCAAGCAUUGAUGUCAAUUUCUUUUUGUUUUUUUUACAUGAACACUUUUUUGUAUUAUAUAUUUUUGUACUUAUUUGCUUUUUUGACUAGAACAAUGACAUUCCUUGUGUCAAAAGGUUGUUAUAGCCUCUGAUUAUAUUUGUAUAUCUGUAAAUUGGUGACUGUAAUCUUGUGUUAGCCCACAGAAGUAAGUAUUAAUUGAUUCACUAAUGUUUUCUAACAUGUUCAUGGACAAAAGAAGCUCUUAACCUAUAUUUCAUACAUUUUCGGGGAAUUUAUUGAUUUGUGUCUCUCUUGUAAAUAUUUACACCACUUGGAGAGAUGUAAUUUGCUGGAAGAACAUGUACGUGUAAGCUGCAUUUUGUAGUAUUGUUUGUACAUUUUAUUUCCUUAACUUUGAUGACAUGCUGCUUCCCAUUCACACUCACCCUUCAAUGGCGUGAUGCAUUCAAAAAGUAAACAACAUGGGGUCCAUCCGUAAUCCAGCUAUUGAAUAAAAGGUCAAGUCAGUAGAUUGUAUCAGAUGACAUGUAUUUUAGAAAAUGCCACCAAAUGCAGGUUGGCUUUGACUUGAGUAUAAACUACAGUUCGUUGUUGCAGUGCAGGCAAGGAGAAAGUGUACAGUACAAGUAGAAGUGACUGAAAGAGACAAAGACAGAGUUCAAGAGGAAAAGAGAUGUUGGGAGCAAUUUGAGGCAAAAAGGAUGUCCAGACCAGUCCAGACAUAAUUUAGCCGCAGUACAUGCCUUAAAAGGCUCUUUUACUUUUUCAGUGAAUAGCCACUUUAUUGUGAUUGAAUGACUUUAAAUUCACUGGGCCAUCAUACGCAGUAUGCAUGACAGCCUUUUAGCACAUAAUCGCUCAGUGUACCAAACAAAACACCAAUUUAAUACUUCAAACCCAUAAAUUAGAAGUGGCAUCUCUGGUUUGAGCUGAAAGCCUAAUCCAUGUAAUCAAUAUGCAGCUCCGGCUCACUUUUCUCUCUCUACUGAGAAAACACAGGAGUUGAAGAUUUGCAGAUGGUUGGAAGAAAAUGCAUUUAUCUGUUCAGAGGCAGAGAGUCUUGCGGAGGGGUGGGAAUGUGUUUAAGAGUGCAGUCCACAUGCCGAAAAUGAAUGAAUGUGGACCAAUAUCCUGGACAUGACCUCCAGUGUUAAGCCAUUUAUACAGACAACUGGAUCAUACUGUAGUUCUCUCGUUCAUUUUCUGUUAGCUAUAGUAGGAGCUGCUUACUUUUUUCCCCAUUUCAUCUGUACUGUAUACCAUGGGACUUCUAUGAGACUUCCUAGGUGUUUCGAGAUUGACCAUGAAAACACGAUACAAACAAUUCUGUGGCUCCUACUAUAGGCCUAAUCCAUGUGAUUUUCUUUUUUAGUUUAUGUCUUUCCUCACCUAGAUAUGUCAGAUUCAUUUUUAUUUUUUAUUAUUUUUCCAACGUUGUGCUACAGAAUGUUUGAAUUGGUUUAUUGCCUUAUCAUUGCUACGGUGCCAUAGAUUGUUUUUAAAGUGAAUUCAAAGCCUGUGCCAUUUAAGCUAUGAGUCCUCAAUGGAGGUCUUCUGUCGGCCAUA